AUGCUUCCAGACCCAAUUAACAUCCCAAAGUGGCUUGAAAAGCACGGAGAUCUUUUGAAGCCUCCUGUUAAUAAUUUCUGUCUUCACAGAGGUGGAUUCACUGUGAUGAUUAUAGGAGGCCCAAAUGAAAGAACUGAUUAUCAUAUUAAUACCACUCCCGAAUGGUUUUACCAGUAUAAAGGUGGUAUUACUUUAAAAGUUGUCGAUGAGGGCAAGUUUAGGGACAUCGAAAUUGGCGAGCAGGAGUCCUUUUUGCUCCCUGCAAACACCCCACACAGCCCUGUUAGGUACGAAGACACGAUUGGCAUAGUUGUGGAGCAGGAUCGGCCAAAUGGAGUCAAUGACAAGAUGAGAUGGUACUGCAGUAAGUGCAAGGCUCAACUUUAUGAGGGGGAAUUCAGAUGUGAUGAUUUGGGCUCACAGGUGAAAGAUACAAUUGACAAAUUUGAUUCUGAUAUCAAUGCAAGGACUUGUAAGAAAUGCGGACAUGUGAACAAAUCUCGUCCCGAGUGA